AUGUCACCUCUCCUCUCGAUCGUUAAUGCUACAUUCGUUACUUGCUCAGGCAAACAGUUCCUCCGUUUCAGAACCAGAACCUAUCGUGUUGAUCAUGGCCUCUUCUUGUUGUUCCAGCAACACCUCCAUAUCCAAAUUCAAGAUGACGUUGGGAACGGCCAGUUUUACAAUGAGCAGCGAAUACAAAUGAGCGAUAACCUGACUUCUGACGAUGUUGACGACAUGAUUAUUCGACAUAACGGCGGUAUACGGAUGGUCUGCUCCAUGUACGGAUCUCAAGGAAGAAUCGAUCCUUGUUGA